UGCACAUGAAGAAGAAAAGGGGAAGGAAGAAAAUAGAUAAUAGAAACGGAGCUAUAUACAAUGUAGGUCAGGUUCGUUUAACUACCUGUAUAGUAGCCAUAACUACAAUUAAAUUGAAGAAAAUAAAAAGCCUCCCCCAUCAGGACGUCUUGUCCCCCAAGUAGUUUCGGAUAUUCACAUCUACACCCCAAAACAAUCUACUAAAAUGUAAUUCGCAUGAUUAUAGAUACUCCUCUUAAUUUACAGUAAAAAGAAUGCCCUGUCAAAAAAAAGAAGAUACAUUUGGCUAUUCGCUCGGACAAAAAUCUUCAAUUUUUUGAAAUGGAAAGUUUAUUAAGACUCUUAUUUCAGUAAAUAACUAAAUCUCCCCUCUGACAAGGCAUUUAUUCAAAAUUGAUUAUGUUAUUUUUUGGAGUAUGUAUAUAUAUAUAUAUAUAGACCAUUUUCUUUGUGGGAAUCGGAAACAGUGCGGUUAAGUUGACUUUUUUCCCCUGUGAUCUGACUAAAAAUCAAAGAAGGUCCAGGAAGCGACCUUUCAUGAACAGGGAAAUAUAUGUGCAGAUCAACUUCCAUAAUAAGGUAUGUCAACCUGUCAUAUUCACGCAUGCCAACUUCGAUCAACAAGAUAUGGGCUUAUAAGUUCAGGAUAUCAACAAUCGUACAGUAACAAUUUUAGAGACAGGUUGGCAAGCAUCGGCAACGAGUGUUGGUUGAUUUCCAAGUUCAUGGAUUCGUGAUUUGGUGAAUUAUCGGCCAAGCAGUGUGUAAGGAAAAACUAUGAAUACGACCGAAGAAUGCACUGGAGGUAGGACAAUUGCAAAUCAUAAAGACACAUUGUUGCAUGAGUCAUCAGAGAUCAGUCUGAUUUAAAAGUGAAUUAGCUUAUAAUCUAAAAACAGUUUCUGAAUCAGUCCAUGUUUUUCAUCAACUAGCAACCAAUGGGACCGAAGAAGGUGCAAAGAAAAUGGAGCCGCGUGACAUCUCUGAAAUCUACAGAGAAAAGUACAGCAGUGAUCAGGAGAAGAUUCUGACAAGGCCAUGCAGUAUUUUGAAAGAUGAUGAUACAGAUGGUCACACUGGAGAAAGACCAUCAACUGCCUGGACAUUAACUUCCUCCAAACUUGAUGAUAGGACACCCUGCGCUAUCAAAGGAGACCGUACCAACGCUGAUGCCAAGGAAGGACUGGACUUUGGUUGCUGCCAACGUCACGAUGGUCAGUGGGAGAAGUUCUUCUGCAGAGACUGUGAUGUGUUCAUCUGUGCAUCGUGUGUGAUCCUGGAGCAUGAGAAGCAGGGCCAUACAUGGAUCAGUGCGUCUGAAGCUGUAGGUCAGAUACAGAGAGAGACAAAGGACAUCCUGCUCAGAGCAGAGGUGAAGCUGGAUACAGUUGGUGCCGCCAUUACUGAGCUUGAGAAGAAGAUUACAGAGGUACCCCUACAUACACAGGCUCUCAGGGAUAGUGUUGCAGUAGCUUGUGAUGAUGCAAUCAAGUAUUUCAUGCAACAUCUGCAAUCCAAACGCUCCCUGCUAUUAGAAAGAAUAAAAACCCUGGAGAAAUCUGGCAUUGAUGAUCUAGAAUCAUCACAAAAGGAAGGAAUGGAGAUUCAGGCCAAACUUGCAAGGAUAACCUUGUCCGAAUCGAAGGUAAUAGCUGAAAGGAAUCCAGGAGAUAUCUUGAAGUGGAAAACCAAUCUUGAGGAAUCUUUGAAGGCUAUUCAGGUGCAGAGCUGGUGUAUAAAGAAUGCCCAUGUAAAGGUUGGUGCCCUAGAUCCAGAACUCAAAUUUGUCAAAAGAGCUCAGGAAACUCAUCAGUGUUGGUGCCAUGUUGGCAGCCUAGUGCAACCAGGAAGAUGGAGAAUGGUGCGAACAAUUAAAGUUCAGAGGCAGUUGGGUGAUCUAGUAACAGCAAUUGCCACAAUGAAAGAUGGUUCAGUGGCACUGGGAUACGAGAUAAGUGGAGUGUGCAUUGUAGAUGCUGCUGGUCAUCAAAGGCAUGUUUUCCAAGAAGUAGGACAUGUUAAAGACAUCUCAGUCAUGAGCAGACACAAACUAGCCAUUUUAGAUGCUAAUGGUGUCAUCAAGGUUGUGCAUUUGUCAGGUCAGGUGACAACAAAUGAAUUCCCUGAAGGUUCCCACCAUUUCAAGUGUCUCUCAGCCUCUACAGAAGGUGCACUAUUCAUGGGAUCAAUCUCUGAGAACACUAUCCACAUCUUGGGAGGUGACCAAUCCUGUGAAAUCCUAGCAAUGCCAAUGUCGCCACUGAGGAUUGCCUUCUCAUCCAACCACAUUGCCAUCUUGCACCAACCUGCAAGCAUCACAAUACUGGACAUGGAUGGCAUAGAACAGAGUGUCAUCCACGAAGACCAGUGGGCUUAUGCUUCAGUGUGCUCGUCAGGAAUGGGUGACUUCUUUGUCCUCUCUGCUGACAAAUCCAACCCAAAGUCACUGAAGAUUGGCCGUUAUGGCUUGGAUGGGACAAUGGUAGAAACUGUCAUUAGUGACUAUCACAUAUCUACAUUAGGAUGGUUGAACCCUAGAAUAAGUGCUUCAUCUGGUAAGAUCAUGGUUUGUGUCGAGGAUGAGCUCAUUACCUUUGAACGAGAAAUGUUUACAUUGGAAUAGUGUAACCUCUAUUCUAAAUGGUCCUUAUAAAGUACAAUGUUUGCUGCAUCUUUCAGCAGAGGCCCUUCUCUGCAGCUUCCCCUUUCCCUUCAUAUUGCAGCCUAGACAAAAUAACUGCAAAUUAGCAGGACAAUGGCAUUGAAGAACUUGAAGUUUGUUAUUGGUGCUUGUGUUGGGAGCACAAUGCAGAUU